GAAAGGCCUCCUGAAGGCAUGAGACACAGCUUCGCAUAGCUGGGAAUAUGAAGUCGUUUUCUAAGCUCUGCUGGAGUACCACGACCCGUCACUCAGCAUAUUCAACUCGAAGGUAGCAGAAUAGUGGAAGCACUAUUCGAGUCAGAAGGAAGAUAUCGAAGCAUUGCGAUACAUCAAACGGUUCAUUCGCACAGACGACAAUACACUCUACGAGGGCAAUGGAACGAUGUCCAGACUGAUAUCUCAACUAGUACUAGUUCACCAACAUCUAACAACAUCGGCAAGGCUCUUCGACCGACCCCGCCUUCUUCGACAUCCCUGCGCAGCUCACCAAUUCCAGCAGCACCAGAAGCUCCUACCUCCCAGCCAUACCAUGUCAAAUCGACCACCUCUUGGGGACUGCAGUCUGCCCCUCGCCUCCCCAACGGUGCGAUCUCGCACCGCAAAGCCAAAGCCUCGACAUGGGCAGAAGUCGUGUAUAUUGUCCUACCCUCCUCCACUUACUAAGGCGUAUACGGACGAUGAGACGGUGGUGCGAGAAGCGGUAAAGUAAUGCCGUUUGUACUGCGACAUCCUUGGCACGGAGGAAGGGAUGUGGAAGUACAUUGUCCGAGGGAACGGCCAGGGUGCUCGGUACGAUUCGUGG